UUGAACUGCCGUUCGCCUAUGACUCAUGAACGAACUUUAAAUCGCGAUACUUCUCUGCGUAUCGCACUUUCGAACUUAAGCCCCUCAUUCUGGGGGACAGCGUUGGAACCUUUCUGCUUUGUGCUAAGGCAUGCCGCUUUUCCUUUCCUGGCGACUUGGCACGCUAGUCAGCUGUGUUCCUCAUAGCGAAGUGAUUUCGUGAAAAUUCUAGUAGGAGUGACAGGAGUAACAAUAUCUUCCGGAAUAUCCCCUUGAGCCACGGAACAGACAAAGAUCCCUGGAGCAACCAAUUGGAAUAAGGAUGGAUGAUCUACCGAGAGAGGUGGACGUCAUCGUGCUUGGGACCGGCGUUCCGGAAUCCAUCGUUGCCGCAGCCUGUGCACGCGUGGGGAAGUCGGUGCUCCAUUUCGAUCACAGGAGCCAUUACGGAUCCAUGUUUGCUUCGUUCAACUUUCACGAUCUCACAGAGAUCUUACAGACGCCUCCGAAGCCAUCCGAUGGGGACGGAGCAGCAACUUCUGAAGACGGACUCAGAUUUAUUCAGUCGAGAGCUUCGCCUGUCUUUUCCAACGUCGAGAUCGAGGUGAACGAGCACAGCGAAUGGUCGCUGGAGAAACUCGAGCAAAACUCUCGGAAAUUCAACCUCGAUCUCGCGCCGAAACUCCUUUUCGCCAGAGGGAAAAUGGUCGAGCUACUCAUCUCGUCGAACAUUGCCAAGUAUGCGGAGUUCAAGUUGACUUCGAAGAUCCUCACUCUGAAAGGCGACGAUAUCGUGCAAGUCCCCUGUUCUAGAGCGGAUGUUUUCGCCACGGAUAGCGUCAACGUUGUGGAGAAACGUGCGCUCAUGCGUUUCAUAACGAAUGUUUUGGACUACGAGAACCAGCCCCUGUUCACUGAGUGGUUGGACAAGCCUUUCGAGGACUUCAUCAAGUUGAAAGCUUUAUUCCUGACGGAAAACCUUCAGCAUUUCAUCCUGCACUCGAUCGCUAUGGCGACUCCGAGCACAACGACUGGUAGCGCUCUCGAAGACGCGCGCAAGUUUAUCAGAUCACUCGGUCGAUAUGGGAACAGUCCGUUCCUUUCCCCUAUAUACGGGUGUGGAGAGCUCGCUCAAUGCUUUUGCCGGCUCUGCGCUGUUUUCGGCGGCGUGUACCAUCUCGACAGACAAGUGGAAGGAUAUUUUGUCGACGAGGACAAUCGAGUCAGAGCCGUCAGAUCUCGAGGAGAAACUUUCCGCGCCUCACACGUCGUCAUCAACCAGGACUUCGAUCCGAGCCACACCUCCAACAACGAGCACAUCUCACGAGCCAUAGUGAUACUACAUCAAGAGUCUCCGAUCGAAGAGCCGGGAGCUGGGACCUUACUGAGAGUGCCCCCCGGGAACGAUCGACCAGCGGUCACCGUCAUAGAACAAGGUGCCGGAAUGAUGAUCUGCCCGAAGAACUUGAUGGUCGCUCAUUUCAUCUGCCGCAAGGUCAUUUCCGCUAGAGAAGAUCUGAAAGCAUUGGUGGAGAAAAUAUAUCCUUCUAGCAAGCGGGUCUGGGUAGCCUAUUUCAAUAUGAUCGAUACGACGAUGCGUUCCAAGCCCACGACCGAUGAUUUUGCGGGUUUGUACUUGAUGUCGACGCCCGGCCUACAACUUGAUUACGACAUCCACAUCGAGCAAGCCGAAGAGGUUUUUCGGAAGAUGUAUCCAGACGAAGAGUUUCUGCCGAGAGCACCUGACCCAGACGAGAUAAUUCUGGAUUUCGAAGAUGGCGUCCCUCAGCAGCCGGCAGCGGAGCAUCAGGGAAUCGCACAAGAAAGUGGAGAUGGCUCGGAAUCCGACGGCUCUGGUAAUCCAGUGGCCGAGGCGGAACAAGGACCGGCAUGAAAGUGUAU